GCUUCUUUCUGAGCCCUCUCCAAUCUCGAGAUUCUUCUGGAAUUAGGGUUUUCUGUUCUCGUCUUUCCUUUAGCUCUUCUUGCUAUUUGACUCGUAACAUUGCUGAAAUGCGAGUUCUUGGUGAGAUCGCGGAGUCUCCGUUUUCGAUUUCACGGCUAACCCCUAAUUCGACGGCGAUCGGAGGGGAAGACGGCGGAUUUAUCGCCGAGUGGGUCGACAGGUGCCAUGGAUUCUUCCAUAACACGGUUCUUGUCGCGGCUUCUCUUCUCUUCGUUGCGUAUUUGGUGUACGAGGCGAAGAAGAGCUUGUCGAAGCUGUCGAGUCGGAGAUCUUACAUCAUGAUCGCUUAUUACGGGUGUCUUUGGAUCGUUAGCUUACUCAAUCUUGCUUGGUGCUGUCUCCAGGCAUGGGAAUGCACUCCUGGGAAGGAAGUAGUUUGGAAUCUAUUAUCUCUGUUCACAACAUCAGGAAUGCUGUUUCUUGAAGUAAGCUUGGUGGCAUUUCUCUUCAAAGGGAACUAUGCGAGCGGAGUGGAAACACUAACACGGACAUUUCUCAUCUCAGGGCUUAUUGUAGGUCUUGAUUUGUUCUUCAAGGCAAUUUAUCUCUUUGGGUUCGGCGUGCCAUUGUUUAUAGACAAUGCUGAAAAUAUACAAAAGUUCAAAUGGGGCUUAUGGGUCAUCCACAAGCUGCUUCUCACAGGUGUUUAUGGGAUGAUAUUUUUCAUGUACAACUCUAAGUGGAGAGAAAGAUUACCGGCAAGACCUGCAUUCUACAAGUACGUAACGAUCAUGUUUGCCUUAAACGGAUUCUCUCUAUUCGCAUGUGCACUUACAGCGAAUGGGGCUAGCUUCGGAUUCUGGUUAUAUGGGAUCGCGAGUGUUUGCUACCAUGCCUUCUAUCUUCCUCUUCUGUAUGUUACUUUUCUUGCAGACUUUUUCCAGGAGGAAGAUCUGAACUUGGAGAAUGUGUACUACUCGGAGAUGAAGGAUGCAGGGUUUUUCGACGAUGAUUGGGAAUGAUAUGACAAGAGAGGUGACAAUGUUGAUCUUCUGAUGUACACAUGGAUCUGUACAUAGAAUGGCGUAUACGACUUCCAGAGAUCAUGAAAUGCUGUUCCUUUUUUUUUCUUGUCUUUUUUGUAGUAGUCAUCGGUUUAGUCCUUUGUAAGAAGAAGCUAAGAAUCUGUCGUGUAAUUGUAAAUCUACUCGCUCUGUUUUCUAAAUAAAAAUGUGCAACAUUCAGCUUCCGUGAACA